AUGGCGCUUGAUGGUAAUGCACUUGUUGCGCUCAUCAUCUCCCUCGUUGCUCUAGUCAUUGCGUUGGCUCAGCUCCUCGCGCAAGUUUUUGGCACUGUUGAAGGCCAUCGGAAGUGUCAAACGUCUGUUAUGGGGAAAUGGAGCAAGCAUACCCACCGACAUUGGCGUUGGACUCAAUUUCGAUUCGAAACGCGUUUCGCUACACCAGAGAUUGUCCUUGCACCUUACCCCCUUGAAGACUCGAAUACAAUUGCGAUAACGGGGAAGAAGGAGUCUCGUAACGCAACAUUUGUCCCAAAGGAAGAUGACAUGAUAAACGAUCCGAACGGCGAGCUGGCUUGUUGGGUACCUCUUCUGAUUGCCUUGCACGAAAUCAGCGCUGCUCAGCUAACCGAGCGAGCAUCUUUUCCACAAUCAAGUUGGCCCGCCAUUCGCAAAAGGCAACGAUCAUGGGACUUUAUGCCAUCCGAUAUCGCACGGCCUUUCGCAGUCACCUCGGCAUCUGAUAUUGCAAUUCUCGCUUGCCGCAUGGGGGUAGAAUGGAAAGAUUUUCGGCCCCCAGAGGGUAUCAUGGAAGGGCAAGGCGGGGAGCAUAUGUUUUCAGCAACGAAUGUUCGUGGACUUGGAACUUUACUAGGCUACACCAGAGCCCUUCACGGAAAAAGGCCGGUCUCUCGAGGUGAUGGAACACAAUCUCUAUAUACAAAGGGGGUAUCGAAGUGUAGAAAGAGUUUGGGUAUUGAUGCAGAGAAGGGAAUAAGAGAGAAUGAGAAUCCGAAUUCUGCUUCAGUUCCCCACCGUCUCCGUCGAUGGGUAUGCACCCCGGAAGCUGAUAGUAUGUGGUUUGGCAUACUUCCAAAAAAUCAAGAAUUAUCUCUUCCUACCUUCACUGUGGGCACCAAUGAGGAUGUUUUUGCUACUCUACAACAACUUGACCCUGAUGGCGUCGCAGUGCAGCAUCUUAGACAAAUGCAAAGCCGACAUCCUGGCUACCUCCAUGGUUUCUGCGAUAUUGUGCCGAUGGUUGCACCUUGGCUGCGCCAGCCAGCCUCACAAGUCAACUGCUACCCCCAGCCCCUAGGACCCCAGAAUACCCCAGGAUUGACCUGGUAUGGUUCAGCGUACAAGGUCUUCUACCAACAACUUGUCGAAUACAACAACCGUAAAGGCACUAUUCAGACUUGCAAGAUCGCAAGAGACUACGAGCAUCUCCAUGAAAGACAUGGGGACAAGUGGGAUGGUAUUUGUGAGAAUCUGUACGACCGUCGUGUACCUUAUUACGAUGACUUGGAAUCCCUUUACCGCGAUACUUCCGAUUACUUCCGGGGAGAUCUAACGGAAACGAAAUAUGCCCAUAGCCAAAAAUGGGAAAAGGAUCACUACAUGGAUCUCGUUACGGCCCAUCUCCGAGAAGCACCUCGAUCCUACCAAGACGCCUUAUCGGCGAUUGCGAAGGGUCGUGGUCAUGGAAUACCUACGAAUGGGGACAAAUACUGGAAAGGUGAGGCAAUGCUGUACUAUUGGUUUUACAUGCCUGACUAUGUUCGGGUCAUGACGCGGAGAAGGAGCGUUGAUGCAGACCUUGUGGAGGAAGCUUGGAUCACGUUGGUUUUCCGGGCCUUUCUAUGGAUGCGUGCUCACAUAUCCUGUGAUGAUUCGAACCCUCUUCCCUCUCAGUACCACGGUAGCCGAUUACCAGUUUACAUCGGCUAA